UGAAAAACUCUAGAGGAGAACUUCCCUUGGAGGUGCUCUGAUAGAUGUGGAGCGCUGGCGUUAACAGUAACGACUCUAAGCUUCACACCCUUCAUUCCUAUCGCUUUCUCCGUUGAUGAGUGUGAGAACCCAUAAAGUUGAGCCUGUAAAAGGGCAAGCAUUACUUACAAGUAGUAAGACCAAACAAGAUGUUAAACCUUCCUUGGUUUCUCCACCAUCAUCGAUCAUGGCGUCUAGAUCUCCAUCCCUUAACCAAAAAACAUCAAGACGUGUUGCUUCGUUGGUUGAAGAUAUAGAAAAUGCUAACAUAGAAACAACAAACAUCUCAAGUUCGAGCUGCGAUACUAGCAAAUGGAACGGAAAUUUCAAUCACAUGCUCGAGCUUCGAAGGAAGAUUAUCACAUUUAGGGGCAUCAUUGACCUUCCGCCUCUCACCGGUUAUCGUUCCAUAACCAAUAUGGUGAUGCGUACCAUGGAAGAUCUUCACAAGCUUUGUCCUGAGAUUGUUGAGAGUUCGUGUCUCCUGGAUAUAAGACAUGCAGAUACUGAUAAGCAACAGUUGCUUGACCAAUUUUACAACACUUUGAAAUCAAUUGGAGAUUCAUGGAUCGAUGACCACGAAUGGAUCGCCAAAUCCAAGUACAGGAACAGUAAUAGUCUUGGGAAGAAUCUGUCCGAUGGACUUGGUGAGGAGUGUAGUCAACAAGUAACUUCUUUGCUAAGGCGUCGACUGACAUGUUGCCGGAUCGAAAAAUUGGGAAAAGUUUUAGCUGCAUUAGAUGGACUUAUUACAGGGAGCAACGAGAUGCUCAACAUGACUGAGAUCAACAUUGAGGAAAAGAAGCCAAAGGUUAAUACUCCUUCUCAGAGUAAAACACCUAGCAAGCGAGCCUCAUUGCCAUCAGAAUCAUUCACUAAGCAACCGAUCACACCAAGAACGGUGCUGCAUCCAUCUAGUAAAGUUAGAGACAUUAAAAUCUCUGCUUCAAAUCUUCCAAGACAUAUGAGAAUGCAAGCGCUUGUAGUACUGAUUCCCAUCAAUGUGAAGAAACUCACUAUCAAAAAGAGGAUGUGCCAGAAAGAAGCUCAGAGCAAUGAUGGUGAUGGUGAUAAUGAGAGUGUAAAGAAGAAACAGAAGAGUGAAACAGAGAGGAUAGAGAAGAUGGAGAAAGCAAAUGAAGCAACCCCUGAGGAUAAAAGCUACUCAAAAGUUUCAGAGGAAUCUGAAACUGUUCCGGAAUCUUUGGCUCUAACUCCUCCACUUCCAGGGAAUGCUGCACUACCGUCACUUCAACCACUUCCAAUGACUGCUGAAAGAGGACAAGCUGCACCUCCUAAACCUCCAGGGGUUGCAACACCACUGCCACCACCACCACUUUUAAAGGCUCCAGGAAAAGGAUCAGGGUCUCCACCACCUCCACCACCUCGCUUGGGAGCCAAGAAAGCAACUGGUAAACUGAAGAGAUCAACCAAACUAGGGGAACUCUACAGAUUCCUCAAGGCGAAAAUCGAAGGUAAGGAUCCAAAACCAAGAUCACGUGGAGUAGGAGGAGGAGGAAGCAAAGGCGUUGGUGGAAAGCAAGGAAUGGCUGAUGCUCUUGCUGAGAUAAAAAAGAAGUCACCUUAUUUUCAGCAAAUAGAAGCAGAUGUGAAAAUGUAUAUGAAAGCAAUCAAUGAGCUUAAAGCAGAGAUCUCCAGUUUCAAGAGUAAGGACAUGACUGAGCUUCAGAGAUUCCACUUGUACAUAGAAUCAGUUCUUGAGAAACUAACAGAUGAAAGACAGGUUCUAGCCAGAUGUGAAGGGUUCCCGGAGGAUAAACUUGAUGCUAUAAGAAUGGCUUCUGCGUUGCACUCAAAGCUGCAGGGUAUGAUCAACGAGCUCAAGAACUGGAAGAUUGAGUCUCCUGCGAACCUACUCUUUGACAAGACUGAACGUUACUUUUCAAAGAUCAGAAGAGAGAUUGAGACUCUAGACCAGAUCAAAGCAGAAGAUGAAAAGACGUUCAAGAGACAUAACAUCCCUUUCGACUACAGUAUCCUUACUCGGAUCAAAGAAUCAAUGGUUGAUAUCUCAUCAGGUUGCAUUGAACUUGCGUUAAAGGAAAAAAGAGAAGCAAAGAUCGCAUCGCAUACUGCAGACUCACGCAAGGCAAAGAGUAGCAUGAUCAAGAAUAAGACUCUAGGAUUUGCUAAAACGUUGUGGAAAGCAUUUCAUUUUGCAUACAAAGUUUACAUAUUUGCUGGUGGACAUGACGACCGAGCUGAUAAGCUUACUAGAGAGUUGGGUAGUGAGAUUGAAUUAGUCCUCAAAAACCAAUGACUCACGACUUCAAAAUAUAUAACAAUUUGUAAGAAAAAUGUCUGUAAAUCAAACUUGUAUAUAUGAUUAUGUGUAUCAAGAAAACUACAAAAGAAUGGAGUGUGUAAGUAAAAGGCAGCUGAGACAAACAUCGUGAUUAAACUCUAAAAGGAAAAGAUCCAACAUA